CUAUCACGGCUAGCAAAACAGCUAGCCGAGCCCUGAGACUGGCCGAAUUCUCACAGGAUUUUCCAAGAUGUUUUUAGGGGCACAGACUGAACGCCGUGGAGAGGGUUUGGUGUCUUCUCAUAUGUAGGUGCCCAGACUCGGUUCAGAGCGCCAGCGAAGUGUUGUCUGUUCCAGCUUUUCUCCAGGGUGGCAGAAGAUGAACGGCCUGUCCGUCAGCGAGUUAUGUGGCCUGUUUUGCUGCCCUCCAUGCCCAAGCCGAAUCGCCGCAAAGCUGGCCUUCCUGCCUCCAGAGCCCACCUACAGCUUACUGCCGGACCUGGACUCCACCCCAACCGUGCCCACCAACCUGGGGGCCCCCGGACUGCGGUCCCGAAUGGGAGGAGGAGGAGGAGGAGGGGGAGGGUUUGGGGAUAGGGGUGGAGAGGGCAGGUGGAAGCUCCAACUGUCUGAUCGAGCGGAAUUCCAGUAUUCCCAACGGGAGCUUGAUGGAACAGAGGUGUUCCUCACCCGCUCCAGUCGAGGCAACAAAGUGGGAUGCAUGUACAUCCGCUGUGCCCCCUCAGCCAGGUUUACUGUGCUGUUCUCCCAUGGUAACGCUGUGGAUCUGGGUCAGAUGAGUAGCUUCUACAUUGGACUCGGCACUCGCAUCAAUUGCAACAUAUUCUCCUAUGACUACUCUGGGUAUGGAGCCAGCACAGGGAAGCCGUCAGAGAAGAACCUCUAUGCGGACAUAGACGCUGCCUGGCAUGCACUACGCACAAGAUAUGGCAUCAGCCCUGAGAAUAUAAUCCUCUAUGGCCAGAGUAUUGGCACGGUGCCCACAGUGGACCUGGCAUCACGGUAUGAGUGUGCUGCCGUGGUGCUUCACUCCCCCCUCACCUCGGGCAUGAGGGUGGCCUUCCCUGACACCAAGAAGACCUACUGCUUUGACGCCUUUCCAAACAUUGAGAAGGUGUCUAAGAUCACGUCUCCGGUGUUGAUCAUCCAUGGGACUGAGGAUGAGGUGAUUGAUUUCUCUCACGGUCUGGCUCUGUUUGAGCGCUGCCCCAAGGCUGUGGAGCCACUGUGGGUGGAGGGAGCUGGCCAUAAUGACAUCGAGCUCUACAGCCAGUACCUGGAGCGUCUGCGUCGCUUCAUCAGCCAGGAAGUGGCAGCUCAGUACACCUGAAGAUUCACACCAGCAGCAGAUCCCAGGCUUCUGAACACAGGCAACUUCCAUGAUCCUCGAGGUCAGUAUGAAAUGACCUAGCCACCAAUUGUAAUGAAGACACCUGUGCAAAUCGGAGGACCUGUGUUUACUCACACUUACCCUGAGGGGUGAGGAAGAACAAUGUGGAUGGUUUUUAUAGAGCUUUAGAAUAUCCUACAAUGUAAAUGCCAAUCUUGGAUCGGGACCUUGUAGCCCAGAAGAAACGUCACCAUGAAACUUG